AUGAUUGCGCGAAUGUUUACAGUUUUAGCUUCAGUUGAUACGUGUACGAUGAUUUCAUCAAAACAAACAUAUCGUGUGUUUAGUCAACCUGCACUUGCUAUUAAAUGUAGUAUAGCUGUUAUUUUCUGUUGUCCCCUUAUUGCUAUUCACAUAUUUAUUAUGAAUACUACUGUUGAUGGUCAAUACACUAUGGCAUAUGUUAUUUUGCCACCAUUAGCUAUGAUUAUAUUUAGUUGUCUUGCCUAUUUUAAUAUGAAAAAACUUGGUACUCAACAUAAUUAUAUAUUAAAUCGAAGAAAACGUCAACAACACAGUCAACUUGUUCGUAUGAUAACGACACAAAUUAUUGUUCAUAUUAUAUCAACUGAGUUUAAUCCAAUGAGUACACUCUACAAACAACUCACAGCGAAUUUAUUGAAUUAUUUAUUGUAA